AUGGAUACUACUGUCGGUCUCGAAGAGCUGGCAAUACCACUCGGUCUCGGGCUUGUAUUUCUUGUGCAGGAGGGAAGGCGCGUUGCGAUAACAGGCGGCCUGGAUGCUCGAGGUCACAGUGAUUAUGCGCCGACCGAACAACGGAAGAGAGCGCCUUCAUUGGAGGCAACUACUCCCAGUAUCGAGAAUCGUCAAGAAGCAAGCAACGAUCGUGAGAUAAUUUCCGAUACUGGGGUAAUUGUAUCAGACCCAGAAUUCACAGAUAUUGGAGGAGAAUAUCUUGACUGGAAUGGCCCAGAUAUCGAUUUCGCCGACCUUUUGAAUCCUCAGGCGAACGAUGAAACAGUCCCAUACUCCUCAUUGAGGUCGUCAUCCUUAGUGCGUCACUCGAAACCUUCGGUCGAUCAAACAGUUCAAGCAAUCUUACAACAAGCCCCCUCUUCUCCCAAGGUAUCGAUACCAACAGUACCAACUUCUAUUUUCCGGUCAUUUAUCCAGCGACCAAAAAUGAAGGCUGGGACACCAAGAAUCGCCAAUCUUAUACUCCACACCCUCAAAUCUUAUCCCCUGAUGAUGAUGCGCCACAACACCCUUCCACUCUUCCUCUAUCCGCGUGUGAUAUCUUCCGAUGUCGAGAAUGACGACAUGGAGCCACUAACCAACUGUCUUAGUCUGAUGGAGUGUGAACGUUUGUGCGAAGAGGCAAUGGCUAAACAGCUCAUCCGUAGCGACAUCGAAUGCAGCACGCGGUCUGCGCUGCGUAAUUGCGGUCUCGGAAUUAGCUGGAAAGAUUGGAUUUUUGAUGAGUCCACACGGAGAUUAUCCAUAGUCUAUCAAGUUAUAGAUAUGCUAGUGUAUUUCGAUCCAGCCGCGAUGUGCGAGCUGCCAACGGACCUUAUUCUAGUACCGCUGCCAGCGAAGAAACAACUAUGGGAAGCAGGUGACGAGUUUGUGUGGAAGACGGAAUGGGAGAGGGAACCUGGGGUCCAGACUGACUUUGGCUUGGCUGCAAACGGUGAACUGGACAAAGUAGAUCAAAGCUGGUACUGCGGUGAUGCAUCGCAGGUCCAUAAUUCCUUGGGUGCCAGGAUUUCGUCAAGGAGCACUGGGAAUUGGGAGGAGUGGUGCUCGGAAAUGGAUGGGUUUGGUGGGCUUGUCAUGCUUGCUGCUUCUUUGAUAGUGUAGUACUUUUCAAAUACUAAGCCGGGUUUUGGAACGCCUACACUAAAUUGCUAGACGUUGUUCG